AUGUUAGGAGUAGCAUUCAGUCCAGAUGGACUCAAAUUGGCGUGUGCAUCGUCGAAGGGCUACAUUGAUGUUCGGCGCACCGAUAACCUCAGGGUACUUUUCCAAUUUACAGUAUCCAAUUCGCCAGUUCGAGGUAUUGUGUGGUCACCCAAUGGCCAGCAACUUGUCUCCAUAUCACAUAAUAAACUCCAGUUCUGGAACUCGUCCAAUGGACAUCAGAUCGGCCAAGCUUCCGGUCGCAAGCGCUAUAACUCGCUCGCCAUCUCUUCUGAUGGCUCCUUCAUUGCCACUGCCUCGAACGACAAAACCGUGCGGCUGUGGUGUACAAAAACACACCAGCAGAUAGGAGAAGCCCUCGACCACACCGUGGUUGCUACCUGCGUUGCAAUUUCCCCCGAUGCAGAACUGCUCGUGAACGGAGGCAAGGAUGGGAAAGUUCAGGUCCGGCUGGUCGAGAACGUACUUUCCACAGCGAUGCAGCUAGAUUCCUCAUACGACUCCUACUUUGCGCACUGGGCGCUCGGACGAAAUCUUUAUCGACGGCCCCUUUCUGACGCAGAAAAGGUCAUUGAAAACAGCCCCUCAUCAUAUCUUGGGUACGAGAUGAAGCAUAAAGCGCUUCACGCGGGACAACGCUAUGACGAAGCAAUCGAGGCCUUGGACAGCAUGCUCUCCAAGCUGAAUGAUACACCCGACCCACAGAUACGACAGCUGCAUCGGAAGUAUGUCAAGCAAUCCAAAGUAGAUGAUGCUAUUCGAGGAGCCGUUCACACUCGUUUGGAAAGUGCCCCACUUCGUCUACUCGAGACAUCCACCGGAUAUUUAUGCAAUCGAGAGGCACAAAUAAGAAUCUUCAUGAAAAGUACGGAGUACAAGAAGCUUUUGUAUGAGUCAAUGAUCCGUGCGCCCAUCAACACGGAGUCCAUCAACAAGGCGGUCGCAAAAUUCUUCGGUUGGGUUAUGUUAUCGCAUAGAUGGGACCGCAAGGAGCCGUUGCUGCACAACAUCCAAGGCAGGGUCGUAUACGAGUUGAACGAAGUUGGCGGCAUAGAGAAGCUGCGGAAGUUCUGCAGAAAGGCUCGCGAUCUGGGCUAUCGUUGGGCUUGGAGCGAUACGUGCUGCAUCGACCAGGAAAACAAUGUUGAACUUCAACGAUCAGUCAACUCCAUGUUCGUUUGGUAUCACCAAUCAGCUCUUACGAUCGUCUACCUGUCAGAUGUCCCACCUUCGGCGGAGUGGGGCGCACUGGCAAACAGUGAUUGGAAUACACGAGGAUGGACUGUUCAAGAAUUCCUUGCUCCUCGAGUUAUUCUCUUCUACCGUGCAGAUUGGGCUCCCUAUCUCAAUGACCACUCUGAUAACCACAAGAAGUCUGCCGCUAUUAUGCAGGAGUUAGAGAAUUCAACAGGCAUAAACACACGGGCCCUCGUCGCCUUCCGUCCGGGGAUGAGAGACGCCCGCGAGAAGCUGAAAUGGGUGUCGACGCGUGUCACCACGUUACAGGAAGACAUCGUAUACUCGCUGUUCGGUAUUUUCGGUGUCCACUUACCUGUCAUAUAUGGCGAGACGAAACAAAACGCGCUCGGUCGGCUCUUGCAGGAGAUUGUCGGUCGGUCGGGUGACAUUACCGUCCUGGACUGGGUCGGAAAAGCAUCCGACUUCAAUAGCUGUCUCCCAGCUGAUGUUACCUCGUACGAAGCUCCACCAUUCACAUUGCCAUCUCUACUAGGGGACGUGAUGCGGAGAUCUGUCUCCAAGCUGCGAAAUACUGUGGCCGUGGAGUUAGCUUCGAAACUGUAUACCCUGCUCGACAACCUCAGUCUCCCUCGUUUCACGAACUACAGAUUGCAACUGCCUUGCAUCGCAUUUCCUGUCACAAAAGUCAGACAGAGACACGGUCAACACGGGGGAAUAUAUUACACUUAUGACGUCGAGGCAGAUGGGCUUCAAGACCUGUUGAUCACCACAGAAAACACAUUGACUCAAUUCUCGCCGGCACAACCCACCCCACAGAAAUUCUUCAUCAUUCGUCCGUGGGACCGCCAUGAUCUCGGGCUGCCUGAUUUCUCGGACGAUGCGCAGAGGGUGCUGGAGCCCCCACUCCCAUCGCAGUUAGACUCACCCGACGAGUCCCCCGGAGAGAACGAACCAAAUGAGAUGGACGCUCAUUCGCAAGCGUUGAGGUUAAUCGUUCGCCUCGGACAACCUUUUGCUGCACUGUUGGUUGCGCAGCAGCGUGGUUGGGAGUACAAGAGGAUUGCGUCGGAUUACCGUAUCAUCGCAUGCGUCAAGGACAUGGCUUCGAUUGAGAAUAUGAUGGAUGUCAGGAUGCUAGAGAUGCUGUAG